UGGUUUCUUUUUAUUUUUCUUUUUCUUUUUUUUUUUUUUAAAUGCGACUGCCUUUAUAAAGAAAGAAUUUUUAAAGGUGUCAAUGUCCUUCUUGAGGGUUAUCUCCCGUACUUAUUUUUUUUCCUUUGCAUCAUUUCUUUUCUUGAAACUUGUGGGAUAGAUCAGCCGAGCACCAUGGCGAAUACAUUGUACUUCCUUCUCCAUAUUUUCCUGCUCUCAUCUUUGCAAAGCGUGGCUUAUGCCUCAUACCCCCCGACAGUAUACCUCGUCCGUCACGGCGAGAAAUCAGGCGAUCCAUUAGACAGCGGACUGAACUCCGAUGGCUUCAAACGGGCGGAUUGCAUCCGGACUGUGUUCGGGGCCGACUCAUCCUACGAUAUUGGAUACAUCAUGGCACCCCAUAUCAACAAAAAGGGCCAACACCGACGCUCCUACGAGACCGUUCUCCCACUAGCUACAGACCUCGGUCUAACUGUUGACACAUCCUGCAAGCGAAAUAAAGUCCACUGCGUCGCGGAGAAGAUCAACGAUUAUGAUGGGCCGGGGAAUAUCUUGAUUGCCUGGCGGCAUGGGAAAAUGAAGCAAUUGGUCCAGGCGUUAGGGUACGAUGAUCCGCCUGAGUAUCCCGAGGAUAGGUUUGAUUUAGCAUGGACUAUUCCUUUCCCGUAUGGGAAUAUCACCGAGAUUUGGAGCGAGCAGUGUCCGGGGUUAGAUGUACCCGAGACCUUGACGGUUCAGACUUGAUGUUCUCGUUGCGCUUUGGAUGCGCAUUUUAUGUUAUGUGAGAGUGGAAGUCUUAGGUUAUCUUUGACACAUGGCUGGCUUCAGAUUUGGAGGUAGCACAGAGGCGCGUACCGGUACAUACAGGACAUACAAAAUACCUUGCCUGAAUCCACGCCAUCACGCUCAUUCAUUAGUCAAGAGACAGAGAGAAUGAUCCAUAUAGCAGGGCAUUUCUGUUUCGGUGUUUGCAGAUGCAUCCAUCAAAUUGGGUUAGUAAUUCUGGCGGGAUGUCUGGUCUUGUCUUUGACAUGGUAUGAUUCAACGAGGCAUAAUUAUAGUGUCUACUCACUCUCUGUCACCCCUUUAGAAGGGGAAAGGUGGAUCAAUAGAGGAUCCAAUUCCAGUUUAUUGUUGGAUAGAUAUGUGUAAAAAAAACAUUCCAGUACAUUGUUAGUCAAUUCGAAGUUAGCAUUUCCGAUUGGCGGAGACCUGAUCAGUAAGCAAUCCCAC